AUGGCAGUCGGGCACAGAAGAGACAUGCCUUCGCCGGAGAUUGAAACCAAGUCUGACGCGGUGGAAAAUAAUGCGGCGUCCCAAGUAUGCACCAGAAAUAUCGACAAGACCAUUCUGCCCCGGGUCGUGGGUGUCGACGACUUUGGUGCGCAUGAGAAGACUGAUCCCAAGGAGAUAGCACUGCCGGUAUUGUCCUCGUCUGCCCGCCCUACUCCUCGCCUGCAUUACCACCGUGAUCUUCUCGUAGAGCUCCGGCCGACUCAACGUGCGCACGUCGCACAUGACCACCAGCAAGCUUGUUGUGGUGUCUGUGGAGAGCACGACGGGCCGGUACGCAGGAAUAAUUAUAUUCUGCCUGGGCCACCCACGGCGUCAACCUGCCCAUCCCCGGCUGUCGCUGCGCGUGUGCGGACAGAAACGCGAGAAGAAGUCGGCUCCAUGAACAGCAGCUUCACGUCAAGCUCGUUCCUGUAG